AUGGACUCCAACCAAGAGCCGACGAUCUUUGACUCGACUGCGUUAGUGAACGAGCUGAUCGCUCGAGCAGAACAAACCCCUGCGUACAACUCGAAGCAGACGGGAAUGCGUCGACCGAUGUUCCGCGUGGUGCAGUUGACGCAGGAGGCGCUCAAGCAAUGGCAGAAGAAAGGUGAAGCGCAGCGCGCCACUCGCUUCUCCCAGGAUGGAGCUCUCUUCUGGGCCCUCGUGGAUAAAACUGAGGAGAAUCCCCAAACCUCAAGUGAUUCGGGGGUAGUAGCCGACCCUUCGGUUCCCCUGCGUCUACCGUCGAAGCUCGGGGAGAUCGAGCGAGGCUUCUCGUACCAAAUCAGCUCGGUCUACACGCUCCCGGAGUUCCGGAAGCGCGGCCUUGCGGGUUUCUUCCUAACCGAAGUGGCCAAGCAGCUGGAGCAGCUGCCCCAAGCGCUCAUCUCUGUGCUCUACUCGGACGUCGGACCGACAUUCUACGACAAGCUCGGCUGGAAGUGCCACCCGUCCAAGUUGGCUACACUGGAGAUUGACCACCCUCGCAACACCAAGGCUGUCGACAACAACAACAGCAGCACUGAGCUCAAGUCAUUGGUACUGGAUGAUAAGCUGGACAAGUUCCUGGAAGCUGAUAACGCCCGCCUGGUGGACGCGCUGGCUAAUAGCGAGAAGUUUCAAGGGCGUAACGCGUUCUUGAUCCUGCCGACCCGCGACUCAAUUGAAUGGCAGUUCGUUAACGGCGUGCACUAUGCGCGGGCUGCGGGCUUUGACGAGCUGCCAUCACGUUGCGGUGUCAGGAUUAACGACGACGCCUUCGUGCUCUGGUGGCACAACCUGAAGGAGUCGACGCUGUACGUGGAUCGGGUGCGGUUCCCCGAUUCCGGUGACAAUGCUGCUGAGAUCAUACGCGUUCUGCUGGACGCGGCGAUGCAAGAAGGGCGCAAGCUCAAGCUCAAGAAGGUCGUGAUCUGGGACCCGCCUUCUGGUUUGCUGCGCGACGACGUCCGCAGUCUCGUUGAGAUUGAAGUGGCGGAACGCAAGCUCUCGCUGUCGAAUGCCAUGGUGUUUCGCCGCGGAAAUGUGGACGAUAGCAAGACGACAGCUCUUCCUCACUGGUUCUGCAACGAAAAGUAUGCUUGGGUUUAA